UAAUUUUUAAAUUAAUUUUGCAGCAGACAUGAAGUUCGUAUUAAUCGCUGCUGCCGUAGUCGCCGUCGCGGUGGCUGGCCCCACUCGGUUCCUGCCGAUCCAUGUUGGCCCCGCCAUUGUAGAAGACCAGUUUGCGCCUAUCCACAUUGGCCCCGCUGUCAUCCCCGAUGGGCAAUACCAACCUAUCCAUGUUGGACCUGCUAUAAUUGAAGAACCUAGCAUCGUACCUUCUCCUAUUAUUAUCGAUGAUGGACAUAUCGUGCCAUCCCCUGUGAUCGUCGACGAUGGACCCAUCGUGCCUUCUCCUGUCAUCAUUGAUGAUGGACCCAUCGUGCCCUCCCCCGUCAUCGUCGACGAUGGUGAGUUCCACCCAAUCAAUGUUGAGCCAGUCGUCGUCGAAACCCCCGCUGAGAGCCCCACCAGUGUUCCUCUGGUGCAGAUCAUCUUGAACAUCAACACCGCCCAGAUUGCCCCUGGUCAAGCUAUCAGCAUCGAAGGAGCUGAGCCAAUUGUUCCUGGACCCAUCACCAUUGUCGGCCAGCCUGAAGUAGUCCCUGCACCCAUCACCAUCGUCGAGCAGCCUGCAGAGGUGCCUGCACCCAUCACCAUUGUCGACCAGCCUGCAGUGGUUCCUGCACCCAUCACCAUCGUCGACCAGCCUGCAGUGGUUCCUGCACCCAUCACCAUCGUCGACCAGCCUGCAGUGGUUCCUGCACCCAUCACCAUCGUCGACCAGCCUGCAGUGGUUCCUGCACCCAUCACCAUCGUCGACCAGCCUGCAGUGGUUCCUGCACCCAUCACCAUCGUCGACCAGCCUGCAGUGGUUCCUGCACCCAUCACCAUCGUCGACCAGCCUGCAGUGGUUCCUGCACCCAUCACCAUCGUCGACCAGCCUGCAGUGGUCCCUGAACCUAUCAACAUUGUCGACCAGCCCAGCCCUGUCAUCAUAGUGGACGCUUAAGAUCUGUAUAGGUCAGGUAAUAAAUAAAAUUAUACUUACCUCUAGCAUCA